AUGACCACAUAUUUGUUCAAGAGCAUUUGGGCUCCAGGGAUGCUGAGUGGCCCAUGCAUGAAGCCUAUUGAGAGGUUUGGCUUGUUGGCAACUCAGUUAGCAUUUACCGCCCUCUACCCCCAUGCCGGCCCAUACCCUGGCCACUGCAGACCUCCCUCCACGGGGGCCGGUCAGGUCUCAUUGGCACCACUGGCCAGUACAUGGCAACCUGUACACCUAGCUGUAUACUUCCAAAAAUUCCGGCUACAUACGAGUUUUUUGUUUUGUUUUGGAUUUUCAAUCUUCCAAAUCCGCAAGCUUUUUAGUUAUAGCUGUAACAUGCUACAGGUCACUGUCUUGAUUUAA